CGUCGGCCAUGAGAGAGUCCGAAUAUCCUUGAGAAAUUUCACCCGUCGUGCAAGUGAAAGCACUUUGCCUGGAAUUUGUCGCCAUUAUUCCAGAAAGCUUGGAUCGAUGUUAUGGGGCACGCAGAUUUUGCCACGAAGAGUGGGGCCAGCGAUGACACACCACAAUUGAAUCCGAGCCAUAAAUGGGAUCCUUGGUUACGAUAUUUGGGGCCGUCAGUUUAGAGAUAGUGAGGGAGAGGGAAGGGGAGAGAAUGGCGCUACCGGCUGGUGGAGCUCUGUUAUUUAAGUCGAGCGGAGUCCGAGUAUUCUGCAGGAAGAGGGAGAAAGAGAAAGACGAUCGUGAUCGCCAUCCUUACCAUGUUGUAGAAAUCACUCCACCUCCUACCAACCUUGGUGUCCGUUGCUUCCCAUCUAACAUGCAAUGUGGGGAAUCCAUUACAAUUGAAGGGAAAUAUUACACUAUUUCUGCAGUUACACAUAGAUACCAACUCAGGAAUGGGAGAUACGAGCCAAGCGAAAAGAGAUUGGAUGUGCAGUCGGCAUCUAGAUAUAUCCUCAAUUUGUACCUGGAGAAUUUACUAGACAAAUCUUGACAGUAUUACAUGUACACUUAUGGAUCACCGCAUUGUUUGCCAUUGUGAACAUAGCAAAGAAGAGAAAAUUCAAGCGUACCACUAUCUUCUACCA